AUUAGCACACAUAUAUUAAAUAUGCAACUAUUCUAUCUCUUUUUUUAUUGGAUAUGAUGCCUGUGGUUAUUUUUUUAUGUCAAUUAUGAAAAUAAAAUUAGCAAUGCAAGACCUGGAACAAUUAAGAGGCACAGGGGAGCCAUCUUGUUCAUCAGGUCAAAGGCAAGAGGUACGAUGGUAUAUUUGUUUUAGUUAAUGAUUUACAUUGAUUACGUAUUUCUCAUGUUAUUGACUAUUGCAAUUUCUUAUUAUUAUUCAAUUUAAGAGAGAAAUGUACUUCGUAUUCAUGAAUCAACUCAAGCCCUAGUAAAAUGGAAGAUCGAUCAACGACAGAUACCUCUAAUUCAAAAGACCGGGUUGAGCCCAUUGAUGGAUGUUAGAGUAUCGCAUAUCGAUUGCAAUCUAGUGAGGGCAUUUAUAGGGAAAUGGUGCAAGGACACGAAUAUUGCAUUUAUAAGCAUUGGUGAAAUGACUCCAACACUAUACGAUGUGUGGCAGAUAUAAAGGAUACCCGUGACAGGUGAGCUUGUAACCGGCAUCAGACCUGAAGAUUAUGUUUCGUUCGUCAAGGAGUAUCUGGGAGAUUGCCUUAAAGAAGUCACCUCGAUGCGUCUCAAAUAUACAUGGUUGAGGAGUCGAUUCACCCAACUAACAAAAAAGCUGACCAAAUUACAACUCAAGCAACACACACAAGCAUAUCUCAUUUAUUUAGUCGGCACAACUAUAUUUGUCGACUCAUCUAAAGGAUCGACACUUUCAAUAUACUUGCAAUUGUUUCGAGAUUUUGAUGAGGCAAGGAAGUAUGGAUGGGGUGAUGUGGCGCUUGCUUUUUUGUAUCAUUCGUUGUCUAAAGUCAUCAGUGGGGAAAAUAAUCAUUUUAGUGGAUUAGUGACCUUACUACAGGUAUUUCUCUCUCUUUAUUAUUUAAUUUCAGAAUAUUACAAUUUCUCACUAUCUUUGAUUUCUUACUUUUUACUUCUUCUACAAUGUUGGAUCUAUGAGCAUUUUCGAGCUCUAGCCACCAAGCCCACAUCGGUCAUAAGCCUAGAAAUGCCUAAGGCUUGCAUAUGGAAGAAACAAGCGCACCACAAAAACAUCUCAUUUGAUAGCAUCUCGUUUGAUAUGGUGACUUGGCAACCAUAUGAGGAGUUAUAUGAAAUUGCAGAGUACUUUAUCUGUCAAUCAUGCCUCAUCAGUUUCAACAUUGUAGAGUACUCUAUGUCAGAUCGUGUGUUGCAACAAUUUGGGAAGUUGCAAGAUAUUCCUGUUAGGCCAUCCAAGUUGGAUAGGAGAGAGAAGGUCGGUUUACACUCCACAAAUUGGACUGUAGAAUCGGGUAAGCAGAUAAAAGAUUGGAAAGCACGUGAGCGUAAUGUUGUUAAGGUAGUCGUAGAUAAAUCUGGUGGAGUACCUACAGCAGAGUAUAUGGCCUGGUACAACAUGUUUUUACAAGGAAGAAAAACCCCAUUUCGCCCCUCGUCGCAGUCGCAAUCUAAUGUACAAACUGCCGCAGGCUAAUCACAAAGACAGGUGUCGAGGAGACAACGCAGACUAUGGGUGGAGAAGUGCUAAGUGAAAGUGAAAGAGAAGAAGAGGAUGAUGAUGGAGAAGAAGACGAUGAUGACAGA